AUGUUAAUUAAUGAUGUCGGAGUCGGAUGUAAUCUAACAUUCAAUCCAGCCAAUUACUCCUACACCAUCACCCAAGCCCUCAUCCCAAACAGUCAAGCCCAUCAUCACUCCUAUCACCCAAGCCCUUAUCCCAACCAGCCCAUCCCACUCUCCAUCACCCCAAGUCCUCAUCCCAAACAGUCCAGCCAUUUACUCCUACCAUCACCCCAAGCCCUCAUCUCAAGGAGCCCGUCCCAUCACUCCUACCAUCACCCCAAGUCCUCAUACCUAACAGUCCAGCCAAUUACUCCUACCAUCACCCCAAGCCAUCAUCUCAAGCAGCCCGUCCCAUCACUCCUACCAUCACCCCAAGUCAUCAUCCUAAACAGUCCAGCCAAUUACUCGUACACCAUCACCCAAGCCCUCAUCCCAAACAGUCAAGCCCAUCAUCACUCCUACUAUCACCCAAGCCCUUAUCCCAACCAGCCCAUCCCACUCUCCAACACCCCAAGUCCUCAUCCCAAACAGUCCAGCCAUUUACUCCUACCAUCACCCCAAGCUCUCAUCUCAAGCAGCCCGUCCCACACUCCUACCAUCAUCCCAAACAACCAAAAUAAGAUCAAAGUUGUCGCAAAUUAA